AUGACAGUAACUGAAGCUGUAAAGUCCGCCAUUGGACUUGCGGGUAGCCCAUCUACAAGCGCAACCAGAGAACAAAUGAGCGAAGCCCGAUUACCCAUCGCAUAUCGUGAUGGAUGCGCCGGUCUAUUGAUUCCCCUCAAUCGUUGUCGGCAGGAGGAAUACUAUCUUCCAUGGAAGUGUGAGCAAGAGAGACAUUCCUACGAAAAAUGCCAAUACGAUGAAUUUAAAAAGAGAGUUGCAAAGAUGGACGAAUUGAGGGAGGCUAAGGAUGGUGCAAGAAGCAAUUGA